UAGUUUUGGAUUUGUUUGUUUGCUUUAAUGCUGUUUAAUGCUUUGUCUCAAGGCGAAUUUUGGGUUGAAGUUCAUUUUGUGAGAUUUAUUCUUGAAUUAUUAGUUUCUUUCGUCCUGUUGAUCUCUUGUUUGUUUGUUUGUGUAGUUGUUGAGUUUUUUUGUAUUGGGUUUUUGGAUUCUCCACUAUUGCGACUGGAUUAGUUGUUGUUCUGUGUGUGGGAAGUGGGAACCUUGCUUUGUUGAACUUUAUGAUUUCUUUGAGUUUCUCCUGUUUUUCGGGAUUAGGGUUUUGAAAUUCUUGUCUGAGAACAGGCUAUUGUUGAUUUGAGUAGAUUUUUGGCUUUGAAAAUUGAAAGCUUUCCGAAGUUAAGUAGAGCAUGGAGCCAAAUUCUGAAAAUGUUAAUCAACUAGAGCCUGGAGCACAAAGCAUUCCACCUUCCACAGUCUCUUCUCAACCUUGGUGGUGUGGUAUCGGGUAUAAUGCUGUCCCACCAGCUGUGGUAGGGGAUAAUGCAUCAAAAUCACCUCCAAUGGAAGCAGCAAAUGACAGCGUGGGUUGCAAGGCAACCCAAUUGCAAGCCAACGGUGCGCUGGUGAAGGGGGCUGAUGUCAGUACAAAAACACAGACUUCUCCGACACCACUAUCUGGCUCAGAUGGAAUAGCUCCAACAAUGGGUGGAUGCCUUGUACCUCCUACUCAACUUGAACUUGUUGGUCACUCAAUUGCUUGUGCUCCGUUUACAUAUUCUGAUCCGUAUUAUGGGGGACUAGUGCCUGCAUAUGGAACUCAGGCAUUGGCACAUCCUCGUUUGGUUGGAAUGCAUCAUAGCAGAAUGCCUUUACCCCUCGAAAUGGCAGAGGAGCCUGUUUAUGUGAAUGCCAAGCAGUAUCAUGGAAUUCUAAGGCGGAGAGAGUCACGUGCGAAGGCUGAACAAGAAAGGAAACUGAUUAAAGCCAGAAAGCUUGUAAUUUUUCUACAGCCUUACCUUCAUGAAUCUCGGCACCAGCAUGCGAUGAAAAGAGCAAGGGGUUGUGGAGGCCGUUUUCUUAACACAAAGAAACUUGACAAUAAUGGCACUAAUUCUGCACCUGAGGGCACGGGUUCUGGUGCAGCCCCCUCUACCCAGUCAGCGAAUUCAUUGGGUUCUGAAGCAUUGUCAUCUGAGUUAACUGCUAAAAUAGGUUCUUCCAAUUAUCAGAAAGAAGUAAAGGGACUUGUCAAUCAGGAUAUGUACUUCAAUGGCAGUGGGUGCUACCAACAUCAUCAGGACUUCUCACUGUCAAAUUUUCAUUCGCUUACAGAGGAAAGGGUGGAGGAAGGCGACUGUUCAGGUCAGCAGUGGGGAGGCAUACCAGUGAAUCAGGCCCCAAACAGGGCCCUCACCAUACAAUGAACACCUCUCAUGGGGUCCAAGGUCUCUUCAGUGUCAAUAUAUUUGAUCCUAUCACAGCUUUCAAACUUGUUUAGUGCUCUACUCACUUGCAUCUUGGUUGGUGUUAAUGUUAGGUAGAGAUCUCUGCCUGGGACCUAAAAUUGGAGUAAUGGUAGGAGGGUGAUACUGGAGGCACAAAGGCCCAUCCCACCAGUAAGAAGUGGGGAACCCCUGUUUAUCUGGUCUUUGUCUGGCAAUUCAUUCUUGGCUUGUUUUGUGUUUUUUUUGGGGAAGAAUGGGGAGAAAUGGUAGCUUUGUGGCUUGUAACUAUAGUAACUUUUCUACUCUUCCUCUUCCCCAGCUUUUCUCCUGUGCAAAGUUAUGUAGUAUAGUUAAAUGUGAUGGAUGUGAAGGAACAAAAGCCCCCUAAUUUCUUUAGGACAAGAACAUUUGGUUUGGGGAUAUCAGAGAUUGAUAAGAAAUGAUCUAGGUAUGUAUAAGCCUCUUUGAUUACAGAAACCUUGACUUGUGUUCU